AACCUGCAAAAAACAAUGAUGCCUUCCGUUCCCUUAAACCCCGACCCGACCACACGCCGCCGCCGCCGACGACGACGACGAUAAGCCUCCACCACAUGCCCGCCGCCACGACCGACGAGCGCGCGGCGGCCCAGCGCGAGGCGUUCCAGAGCUCAGCUCUACUCUACAGAACCAUAGGCCGCCGCCGCUGCGCUCCCCGGCCAUGAGCCCCUGCCCCCGCUUCGGAUGCCCUUUCGACCACGCAUCCCCCUCCGCCGCCUCCUACCUCACCUCCAGCGCUGCGCUCCCCGCCCACCCGUGCCUCAGCGUAGAUCGCUCUCCUACUCCCCCUCCUCGGCGGCGUUGUCGGCGGCCGCCACGGAGUCCGAGGAGGAGGCGGUUCUGGGUAGGGACGCGCCGCCGCUAGCCCCUCCCCACUCGGGCGGGGCGGGAGGUGGGCGGCCUGGGUCUGUCUGGGCACGCAAGGGGGCGUUUGAGGAGAACGACGCGGAGCUGGAGCGGAAGGCCUCGAUUGCCGCGCGGCUCAGGCUCUGCCAUGAGCUGCUGUGGCAGAGGAGGUGGCGGGAGAUGCGCGGCGAGUUGGCCCAGAUGGUGGGCGAACAAGGACCUGAUUCUGCAUCGAUUCUUAGUGACAUCUUAUUGAAUGGAUUCAGAGAGUGGCAUUCAAACAGCAUUAUUUGGGAUGCUCUAGCAAAUAGUUAUGCUAGAGCUCAGAUGAUUGAUGAUGCUCUUUAUGUUCUUAGCAAAAUGAGCAGCCUAAACAUGCAAAUCUCGGUACCAACCUUUGACAGUUUGUUGUACAGUCUAAGAAAGACAGACAUGGCACUGGAGAUUUUUGAAAAGAUGGAAUCAUGUGGUCUCUCCCCCAGUGAUUAUUCCCAUAGCAUUCUCAUAGAUGGCCUCUGCAAGCAAGAUAAAAUUGGAGAGGCUCUAUCUUUCCUUCAAGAGGCUAGGAAAGAGGGGAAAUUCAAACCCCUAGGAAUGACCUUUAACAUCCUUAUGUCUGCAUUGUGUAAUUUGGGUUUUAUUCAGGAUGCAAAAUCAAUUUUCUGCCUGAUGUUGAAGUAUGGAUUAAAUCCGAACAGGUACACGUAUUCAACCAUUAUACAUGGUCUAUGUAAAACAGGUUCUGUACGUGAAGCAUUUGAUAUUUUUCAGAGUGUGACUGAAGAAGGAAUGGAACUUGAUAUUGUCACCUACAACAGCCUUAUUAAUGGCUUUCGCUUGCACGGUCAUACAAGAGAAAUUCCAAAAAUGAUUGAGAUGAUGAGGAACCAAGGGGUCGAACCCGAUCUUGUUACUUAUACUAUACUUAUUGCUGGCCAUUGUGAAGGUGGUGAUGUUGAAGAAGGUAUGAAGAUAAGAAAGGACAUCAUAGAUCAAGGUUUGGAGUUGAAUAUUGUCACAUAUAGUGUCCUUAUCAAUGCUCUCUUCAAAAAAGGCUUGGUUUAUGAGGUCGAAAACCUACUUAGUGAGAUAUGCAGUAUUGGUCUGGAUAUGGAUGUCGUUGCAUAUUCCAUCCUCAUCCACGGGUACUCCAAGCUAGGAGAAAUUGGAAGAGCACUUGAAGUCUGCAAAGUAAUGUGCUCUUCUCAGAGGGUAAUGCCAACUUCAUUAAACCAUGUAUCUAUUCUUCUUGGCCUUUGCAAGAAAGGAUUCCUUGAUGUAGCGAGGUUGUAUUUGGAAAAUGUAGCUACCAAAUAUCAGCCAACAGAUGUAGUACUCUAUAAUGUAGUCAUUGAUGGCUAUGCAAAAGUGGGCGAUAUUGGUAAUGCUGUUCAGCUGUAUGAUCAGAUUAUUAAGGCUGGUUUGUGCCCAACCAUUAUAACAUGCAACUCUCUUCUAUAUGGUUACUGCAAGAUUGGGGAUCUGCAUACAGCAGAGAGCUAUUUUAGGGCUAUUCAGAUAAGUGAUCUGCAGCCAACGGCAGUUACAUACACCACCUUGAUGGAUGCGCUCUCUGAAGCUCGGAAAGUUCAUGCCAUGCUAAGUGUUUUUAAUGAAAUGACUGAAAAAGGGAUCAGGCCAAAUGCAAUAACUUACAGUGUAGUUAUUAAAGGACUUUGUAAGCAACUCAUGUUCCAUGAUGCUAUGCAUGUACUUGAUGAUAUGUAUAGACAAGGUUUUAAUGCUGAUCCAAUACCUUACAACACGCUUAUACAAGGUUUUUGUGAAGCACGGGACGUCAAAAUGGCUUUCCACAUAUAUGAACUAAUGGUAUGCCACGGACUGACGCCCACGCCUGUUACUUAUAACUUGCUUAUUAAUGUGCUGUGCUCAAAGGGACUAGUCAUUCACGCAGAAAUGGAACUGGAGUCCUUUAGAAAACAGGGCGCUGAGCUGAGAAAAUUUGCAUAUACGACACUUAUCAAAGCCCAAUGUGCAAAAGGAAUGCCUUACAGGGCGAUUAUGUGGGUUGGUAAGCUUCUAGAUGCAGGGUUUGAGGCUUCUAUUGAAGACUUUAGUGCCACAAUCAACAGACUAUGCAAAAGACAAUUCACCGAAGAAGCUUUGAUGCUCAUACCGAUUAUGCUAUCUGUUGGUGUUUAUCCAGAUAUUCAGCUGUACCAUGUGCUGGGCGCGGCUAUACGGAAGAGAAAUGAGCUUUUCUAUCUACCCAUAUUGCAAGCACUUGCUAUCAAAACUGGCAUUUAGUACUUUGAUCAUGUGUUCUGUUGCAAUAUCUUCCAUGUUUUAAUUGGUGGGCAUUUAAGACUGUUGCCUGCAGUCAAUCACUGUCAGUAUGCCUGUGAUAAACCGUAAGACAUGUACUAUUGCUACAUUUUGCUGGCUUGCCAAACUAUCGGUAAUAUUUCUCAUGGCAUUCUUCCAUGUAUCUAUGUGAAUCUCAUAGUCAUGCAGGCAAGAUUUGCGAUCGUGGGGCCAUGUUUGCUGGUACAAUGAGUGAUGCAGAGAUGGCAAGGAAACUAACUUGCUUUUCUAGGUUGGCAGACGGUAUUAAUAAUUCAAGAUGAGCCAUCACCAUCGGCCAACCCUGGCACGUCGGUGGCUGGAAUUUGUGACGAAGAAAGAUAGCAUGAUCGUAGAAGAUGCAGAGAAGCUGCGGAUACGAAGCACUGUCACCUGAAACUGACGCUUUCAAACUUGCCAGGUGCCAUCAAGAUGCCAAACUGGUUGAAUUUCGCUUGCGUGACGACAAUCUUCGGGUCAUUUGGGUGCUCACAGUGCAGGCAUCCUCGCUGAAAACCAAGUUGAUCUUGGGGAAUCCAUGAAGCAUGAAGAUCAUGCGGUGUACUUGUCGGAUGUGGACGAGGACAAAGGCCAUGGCUAGACGCCUAGGCCUCCCCACCCAGGGGCAUAUGGGCAGGGUGGCCCCUAGGAUCUCUCGUCCAAGUCUUGGAGAUCUCUUCCACCAAGCUAGCAUCUCCUGAUAUCUGCGUAAGCAUCAGGCGCAUGGCCGAAAGCCAAAACUUCAGGGCUAGGCAGAUCGGUGCUUGUCGAGUAGCUCCGGACCAUGGCCCUCCUUUUGUCCUUGGUGUGCUCUAGUCGUUUUCAGUCUUUUACUGAACGAGAUUCUUGUGUUUCCCCUCAUUAUCUAGUUUGUGUAAAUGGCAUACUUGCUGUUGAUGCUGUACAGUCACGUUGGCGAUCAGAUUGUGACUAUAGGUCAGAGAGGAAUAGCGCAUGUAUUGCGAUGUAUAGAUUGGACAGCUGCUGAGCUGCUCAGCAUUCUAUUUUCAAGUAUCGACAAAUACAUUCAAUGUUCAACUAGUGACUGUA